AUGUCGGAGACUCAGUCAUUGGCAGAUACGGCGUUGUCCCUUGAUGUUCUUGUCAUCGGCGCAGGUAUCAGCGGCAUCAACACAGCAUACCGUCUCCAAAGCCAACUUCCACACAUCAAAUUCAACAUCCUGGAAGGCCGCAACGCCAUAGGCGGCACUUGGGAUCUGUUCAAAUAUCCAGGUAUACGGUCUGACUCAGAUCUUCACACCUUUGGAUUCGAAUGGCACCCGUGGCCUCACGAGAAUCCAAUAGCCGAAGGCCCUCUGGUCAUAUCGUAUUUGCACGAUGCUGUCGCCACUCAUGGUCUUGAAAAGCACAUUCAUUUCCGCCACAAAGUGCUGUCCGCCAAUUGGUCCUCGAAAAGCCAACGAUGGACAGUCGUGGCAGAGCAUGAUGGCCACAUCAAAAGUUACACGGCGAGAUUCCUCAUCUUGGGAACUGGUUAUUUCGACUACGACACACCACUGAAGACCGAGACACCGGGUCUACAGAACUUCAAGGGGAAGAUCAUUCAUCCACAGAUGUGGCCAGAAGACUAUGACUACAGCAACAAGAAAAUGGUGAUCAUCGGCAGCGGAGCGACGGCGGUGACAUUACUGCCUAACCUGAUGAAAAAGGCCGCCUCAGUUACCAUGCUUCAAAGGUCGCCCACUUACAUUAUCGCACGAACGAACAGAAGUCCUGCCUGGCUACGAGAGUUCGUACCGCGUCCCGUCCUCAGUGUUUACGAGCGUCUCUUGUUCAUGACCGUUCCGUACCUAUUCUACGUGCUGUGCAUGUAUUUCCCGAACAUGAUGAGGGCGUUUUUGAGGCAACAGACGAUAAACCAGCUGCCCCAACGAAUUAGCUUCGAUCCCCACUUUAAGCCCCUAUACAAUCCCUGGGAGCAGCGCAUGUGUUUGGCACCGGAUGGCGAUUUCUACCAGGCGCUGCACGAUCCCAGAGCCAACAUUGUGACGUCUCGGAUCAAGACCGUCACAGAGCAUGAGAUACACUUGCUCAACGGCCGGACCCUCGAGGCUGAUGUGAUCAUCACAGCUACUGGACUUCGAGUGAUGAUAGGGGGCGGAAUUUCAUUAACAGUAGAUGGCGAGAAAGUCAACAUAGCCGAUAAGAUGCUGUGGAACGGGACCAUGAUCCAAGAUAUUCCGAACAUGUUUUACAUGAUAGGCUAUACCAACGCGUCGUGGACCCUUGGCGCAGAUAACUCGGCCUUCCUCUUUGUCCGUAUGCUCAAGCAUAUGGCGCACACUCAAGCCACAGUGUUGGUGUCGCGAAAACCACAGCAUAUGGAUGCUACGCAGCCGGUUUUCACGCUUACAUCGACGUACAUGAGAAAGGCGUAUGAGUGUCUGCCGAAGUGCGGAACACAGAGGCCAUGGACGCCCCGAACCAAUCCAGUGGCUGAUCAUUUCUAUGCUCGGUGGGGAAGCUUUGCGGAGGGCGUAGAGUUCACUGCUUGA